UUUAAAUAACCUUUUUUUUUUUUUUUUUUUUUUUUGUUGCUUUCUUGUGUUCUGGAACAACAAUGGACGAUGACCCAAUUUUCUUAAAUCAGCCAUUAAUUUGAAAAUUUCUUGAUUUCUUCGUCUUCUUCUCUUGUGAUCGAUCCAUCUCCUGGGGAAAGAGUCAACAUUUAUCAAUACCCUUGUUUUGAUUCAAUCGUAUCUGCUUCAAUAUCCGCUUUCCUUUUCCGAUUUAACGACUUUGUAGUUUCUAUCUUUCUCCCAUGUCGCCGACCUGACCUUUCUCACUUUUCUCUCCCUUACAAAGUUUUUAUUUUUGGGUUUCCUCAAUUGGAAUCGAAGGAGAAUCUAUAAAACAAUGAGCAAGUUCGGGGACUUGAAUCCUGCCUUCUCUGGUGCGGGUCGUAGCAGCAGCAAUAGCCCUGAAGCGGGUUUCAAUUCAGCGCCGUUUCCACGCUCCUCUUCUGGUCUCUCUAAGCCCAGGUUCUCUAAGGUGAGAAGGCAAGUAAAGUCUCAGAAUUUGAAGCCCUCGGGGACCUCUGAUGCUUUACCGGGUCAGAGUUUCAACCCGUUUCACUUCCGUGGGUCUUUCGCCGGUGAUCCAAUUCCAAGUGAGAUCGGAUUUGGACGGAGCAGCAAUGAGGGUUUUGUGUUUGGAUCAACUGAUGGUGGGAACUUCAGUUCUGGUGAAGACAUUGGGAAAAGAGUUAUGGAGGAGAUGGGAAAGUUGAACAUUGAAGGUGAAGGAAAGGGUUUUCCUAAAAAGAAUGAACAUUUGGCUUCAAGGCUUCCUGAAGAUAUGCAGAAAUUGAAUAUCAAGGAUUCUCAUUCGAACUUUAAUUUUGGUGCUACAAAGGGAAGCAACUCUGUUUUUGCAGCGAGUAAAAAUGUGGAAGAUGAACUUCCAACUCUGUUAAGUAAUAAACUGAAUAUUGAUUCUUCUUCUUCGAGGAGUACAGGACAUGUUAUCCAGGAAAGCAUGGAGAAGUUGAAUAUUUCAGAGAGUAUGACUGAUCAGAAACAAAAUAAUAACGUCAAAUCCAAAGAGUCCAUGGAUUAUAUUGGGCAGAAGAUACUAUCUGAUGAAUUGACCAGAAAGUUAAGCGUUGGAAGUAUGACUACUAAUGAGAACCUUUCUGGAGAUUCAGUUCAGGGGAGUGUGAAUGAGAAGAAAGUCCAUGAUUUUAACAGUUCAUGUCCGAUGAACUUUAGUUUUGUAGGUACACAGCCAAGUGAACAUCUGAAUCCUAGAAGUGUUCAUGAUGUAUCCUCCACAGUAAAAACACCCGAGUUUAAUUUUGUGAGUAAACAAGAUAGUGGGGGGACAGGUUUUAUGGAUUUUAAGACCCCCAAUUCGAAAGUAAACCCAUUUUCUAGUUUGGACCAGAAAUUGGGGUUUAGUGCGAAGAAGGACAAUGUUGGUGCCACAAGAGCUAGAAGGAAAGGAGGUAAACAGCCUGUGAAAGUGCAGCUAAAUAUUGGACGUGAGUUUGCUUUUGCAGAAAGUGCUUUUCCUAAUGAAAGCAGUGAUGCUGCUGAGGCUUAUUCACCAAUGGAUACAUCACCAUAUGAGGUGACAGAAGAUUCUAGAGACUCUGCUGCUGUAUCAGAUCAGUUUCUGAAUUCUGACAAAGGUCAUUUCUCGUCUAAUAUACCACCUAUUACUCCAAAUGAUGUGUUUGAUGCAGAGCUAGCUGCUGUAGCUGAGCGGAUGGAAAUUAAUGAGGGGGAUGAAGUUAAUAACCAUCAAGCUAAAGACAGUAAUACUGGGAUAUGUGCUGAUCAUGAAGAGUUUGCUGAAGAUUCUAUAUCUGGAGCUGAGACUGAAAGUUUUAAAUCAGCAGCGGAAGAGAUGGAAACUAGUAGUGAAACUUUUGCUACGGCUUCAGAAAGUGAGGUUACUUCACGAUAUAAGUCUGAUAAGCAAGGAAAUGAUGACCACUCCCGUUCUAAUACAGAUGCUGCUAGCUCCAGCUUCACCUUCUCUGCUUCAUCGUUUUCGGGAGUACAGGGGCAACUAUCAACUUCAAAGCGUAUCAAUAGGAAGAAAAACCCAGUUAAACUUGGGCAGGAUCCAUAUAUCUUACUUCCAACUGCAACACUACCGUUAAAAUCUUCACAACAUUCUCCGUUAAUUGGUGUGCAGUCACACUUGUCCACUGGGAAACCCAGUGAAAGGGAUCUGCUUACUCGUCUACACAAACCUGUGGAAAAAGAUGUGUCUAAUGUAGCGCAAGAAGCAUGUGAAAAGUGGCGACUAAGAGGAAACAAUGCUUAUAAACUUGGAGAUCUUUCCAGAGCUGAGGAAUCUUACACUCAGGGGAUUGAUUCAGUACCUACCACCGAAACCUCUAGAAACUGUCUCAGGGCACUAAUGCUUUGCUACAGUAACCGUGCUGCAACCCGCAUGGCCCUUGGAAGAAUGAGAGAAGCAAUAGCAGAUUGUAUGAUGGCUUCUUCAAUAGACUCCAACUUCCUCAAAGUUCAAGUCAGAGCUGGAAAUUGUUACCUUUCACUUGGGGAGAUUGAAGAUGCAUCCAGGUAUUUCAAAAAAUGCUUGCAGUCCGGAAGUGACAUAUGUGUGGACCGUAAAAUUAUUGUAGAGGCUUCUGAAGGUCUACAAAAGGCACAGAGAGUUUCUGAAUGCAUGCAUGAAGCUGGCCGUCGUUUGCAACUUAGAACAUCAACUGAUGUUGAGAAAGCUCUGGAAAUACUGGAAGAAACUCUUUUGAUAAGUUCAUACUCUGAAAAGUUACUCACCAUGAAGGGGGAGGCGCUCUUCAUGCUUGAGAAGUAUGAAGCAGCAAUAAAGCUUUGUGAGCAGAUAGUUGAUUUGGCUGGAAAGAAUUGUCUUCCAGAUUCUCAUGACACUCCCAAGGACAUAAACUUUAGAAUUUGGCAGUGCCAUCUCAUGCUUAAAUCAUAUUUCCAUAUGGGAAAGCUUGAGGAAGCGAUUGCUUCUCUAGAGAAGCAAGAACAACUACUAUCUGCUACAAAAAGAGACGGAAACAAAACUCUUGAAUCCUCCAUCCCAUUGGCUGCUACUAUACGUGAGUUGUUGGGCCUUAAGUCUGCAGGGAACGAAGCCUUUCAGUCUGGACGACACACUGAAGCAGUUGAACAUUACACAGCAGCCCUGGCUUGCAAUGUGGAAUCACGUCCUUUUACAGCUGUGUGUUUCUGUAAUCGUGCUGCAGCCUAUAAGGCUCUUGGUCAAUUUUCUGAUGCUAUUGCAGACUGCAGCCUUGCUAUUGCUCUUGACCAAAAUUACUCAAAGGCUAUUUCUAGACGGGCCAUGUUGUUUGAGAUGAUUAGGGAUUAUGGACAGGCAGCAAGUGAUAUGGAGAAAUAUGUUGAUAUUCUAACCAAGCAAAUUGAAGAGAAGACCUCUGGAAUUCAUGACAGAUUCACAAGUAUGACCAAUGACAUAAGACAAGCUCGUACACGACUUUCUGAGCUGGAAGAGAAGUCAAGGAAAGAAAAUUCAUUGGAUAUGUACCUUGUCCUGGGUGUUGUACCAUCAUGCUCGGCUUCAGAUAUCAGAAAGGCGUAUAGGAAGGCUGCACUCAAACAUCAUCCCGACAAGGCUGGUCAGUCUUUGACAAGAAAUGAGACUAAAGAUGAGAGGUUAUGGAAGGAGAUAGGAGAAGAAGUGCGCAGAGAUACCGAUAAAUUAUUUAAAAUGAUUGGGGAAGCAUAUGCCGUGCUUUCAGACCCUGCAAAGCGUUCCCAGUAUGAUCUUGAAGAAGAGAUGCAAAAUUUGCAAAAGAGACGUGAUGGAAGCAGCACAUCUGGAGCCGACACAGAUGUUAAUUAUCCAUUCAAAGGCAGUAGAAGAAACUGGAGAGAAGGAUGGAGUUCGCGUAGAGACCCAUCAGGUCCGAGGGGGUUUGAUCCAAGCCGAUCAAACAGAUACCCAUUGUAACUGUAAUCAUCUCGAAGACAUCUUUAACCAAAUUCCUCAGCAGCAAAAGUUGAGUCUCCUGCAAAUACUCAGGCUGGUAAGGCGCUGGAUAGUAUUAUCAGAUGGUCCGAUUCACACGAGUUGCACAAAAUUUACGCAAGUGAUGGAGAAAAAGGAGAGUUCUCUAUAAAUGUAUACUCGUUUUGUUUGUGAGGCAGAGACAUCUGCAUUGGUCUCCAUGUGAAGAAAGGUUGUACAGGGUCACAGGAAACGUAAAGUGGAAUUUGAAGCAGACGACAUCUAUAAAGUUUAUUUCUUCUCUCUCGUUUGAAGUUCCUGUUGUUUUAACCCUUUUGAGUUUUGAUUGUAGAAUUAGAUCUCAUCUCUCACUCAAUUCAUUGAUUUCUGCAAAAAAAAAAAAAGCCAUAUA